AUGAUGAUGAAUUUCCUCAAACAAGCCUCUGCAUUCUCCGUAUUCAGCCUGGCUAGUCUGAGGAGGAAUGCAUUAGCUGGCAUCAGACACUUUACAUCUACGACACCUGUGCAAGAACGAAGACCACCAUACGACAAGUUCCGUAAAAUCACCAAAUACGUCAAACGCAUUGAUGAAAACGAAUACACCAUUGGACAAGAACACCCCAAGAACUUGAGAAUUCCCAAGAAAAUCCCCGAGACGCCGCAUUAUAAAUAUGAAACCCGAUUCUUCAAGAGACAAAAUAGAGGUUUAUACGGAGGAAGACAACGUACUGCCUCCAAGACAUGUUCCGAAUACUUUAACAAGAACCUUCGAUCUCACCGCCCCAAUGUCAACAAAGGUGGAUUGUGGUCUGAGAUUCUCAACAAGAGAAUCCAGGCUAGAAUCUCGGCAAAUGUAUUGAAAACUGUGUCGAAGGUGGGCGGCAUCGACCAGUACCUAUUAAAGUCUACUCCAGCAAGAAUCAAGACUAUGGGAUUAUUGGGCUGGAAAUUGAGAUAUCAACUAUUACAGAAAUUAGAGCAAGAUGAAAGAGGCACUUUAGAUAGCAAACCUGUGCAAUAUAUCCACCCCGAUGGCAGAAAAUUUACCCAGACCAAAAAGCAAAUAUUGGAUGAACUAUUUGAACACGUCAAGAGAGAUAGUUAUUUGCCCGUACAUGAAAAGCAGUUCUUGAAAGAGUACUGCUGGUUGUCAUAUGGUGAUCUAGUUGCUAAGCUCGAUGAAUAUAAUGCUAAAUUUGGUGCCUUGAUCCAAUCGGUAAAUAGCGCAAGUCUGCCAAUUCAGCAGCAGCAGGGUGUAUAG